AUGGCCGACGAAGCGCAAUUCAAGUCUACGUCCUUCGAGAUGACCAACGAGGCUCCUGUUGUGAUUAGUUAUGGCAAUAUCCAGGCCAUGGGCCGCAAGAUCCAUGACGCUCUUGAUGAGGCCGUGAACGAAGGAAAGAAUGUGUUGUUGCUUUUCUUUCUCAAGCACAAUGUUCUCUUUCCUACCCAGCGUCUCUUCUUUGAAGGCAUCGAAGGAACUGUUAGAUCCAGCUCUAUGCAGCACCUCGAGAUUAUUUCCAACCAAGGCAACCGUGUUGUAUUUGUCCAGUUUGUGGGAGGCGCAAGUCCCUUUGGUCUCGCUGAGGCUCUUUCUUCGGACGACGAUGACGAUGACAACGACGAUGCUCCUGCGGCUGAGGCUGGCAAUGAACCUCCUGCGACUGAGGCCCCUCCUGCAGCGGUCCCACCUCCUCAACAACAAGCUCCUCGCCGUCGUCAUCAGCGCCGUCAGCGUCGCGUCCAAGAUAGUGAUGAUUCGUCGUCGUCCGAGGGAGAGGAUUUCGCCGGUUUGAGCCAGCUCACCAUCUAA